UGCCCGUACCGUGGCCCGCACGUAGUGUAGUAUUAGAUACUCAGCAGGCUCGGCAGUAAUCGAAAUCGUGUUCUUCCGCGUACAGUGAAACAUUGAACAAUCCUCCUUAAAACGAAACUGUCAAAGUGUGUUUGACAAAGCGGGUGAAGUGUCUGUAGCCGGGAGAAAUGGCGCGAGAUUAAGUUCGCGUCUGAUCUAGUAAAUACGGUUGGACACUUACGUGGAAUGACGGAUACGAGGAGAAAUGGCUGAGAACGGGCUGGGGUCGGACGCCGGCUCACAGGAGUUUCUUGCGGCCGAGUUUGCCAACUUAGAAAUCGAAGAGUUGGACAACACGGAGUAUGCUAUACCGGCGGUGGAGGAGCUGCCCUCCUUGGAGAGCAUUCUCACCGAACCCGACUGUGGUUCGCUUUCAGGGACCGAGGAUGACUUCGGUCCGACGGCAGCGGAGAAGCUGGGAAGCAGUGAGACAGCGAGCGUUGGUAGCCACUUGUCAUUGAACUCGUUGAACAAAUCGAGCAGGACAUCGAGACCGACGUCUUCCGGAGCUAUUCUGAGGCAUGUGAUACUCAAGGGGAUCUCCUCUCAAAUCGUUUCAGCCAGUGACAAGGUGAACGCCGGCUUGGCGAGCGCAGUGGCAGCGGGUGGGAACAUGCUAGUGGUGGGCACGAGCCACGGCCUGGUCCUAGGUUUCGACUCCUCGCAAACUCUACGAUGGUGCGACCAGGAAGCGCGGCACCAAGGCUCGGUCUCGGCGCUCUGUUUCAACCACGACGGCACCAGAGUGCUAGCCGGCUUCGCCAGAGGUCAUAUCCUGAUGAUCGACAGUGCGAACGGAAAAGUUUUACGGACGCUCACCGACGUCCAUCCCGUCGACACUGCCGUGCUGCACGUCAAAUUCACAGACUCGCCGAAGGUCGCGCUGUGCAGCGACAGCGGCGGCUCCGUGUUCGAAUUAAACUUCACCCGGGUGAUGGGUGUCAGAGGCUGCGAGAGCAGAUGCUUGUUCAGCGGCUCUCGAGGCGAAGUCUGCACCCUGGAACCGUUGCUCUUAAACUACUUACCAUCUCAUCCAUUAAAGACCUACACCUUAGUAGCGAUGGCGACCUUAUCCAAGGUGAUCGUCGUUUGCAUCAGACCGAGGAUGCGAGUAGUUUUGACCCACCCUUUAAUCGGCGCCCCAAUAGCACCGCCUCAGUUAUCCUGGCAGCUGGUGAUGAUACAAGCAGCCGACGCCUCGCGAAUGAUCGACCCGGUGCUCGCCUUAGCAAGAGAUGACAUCGUAUAUUUCUACCAAGUGUGCACCGAGUCCAGCUCCCGGGUCCGACUCUCUCCCUUAAGACGAAUGACGCUGCCUUACACGAUCAGCAAUCUACGCUGGCUAAACCCGAGGUCGUUGGCCGUCCUCGACACACAGGAACGGUUGCAUCUACUCGAUGUCAGAGCUCAGGACAAUCUGGAGACUCUGGACAUGAGCAGGGUCGGUAUAUCUUACGCUAGCAGCCAUUUUAAAGGCUUGUCGACCGGCGGGAACGUUUCCAAGGCGAUGGCACUGGCUGGAGAACGGGCCUGUUACAACACCGUCGUCACCUUCGGUACGCAGCUGUUGUUACUCGGGACGAAGAGCUUGCACGUCGUUUGCAUCAGGACUUGGACCGAGAGACUCAGACAUUUGACGAUGCAGAGGCGUUACCCUGAAGCCUUGGCGCUGGGCCUGGCGUUCUAUCAGGACAAGGGGAAAGCUGUUGUGGGGCUGAGAGGCUCGAGGGAGAGAAGGAAGCAGAUAGCCCGGGACAGAGUCUGUCAGGUACUCGUUCAAUACAUGGAAGAGGAAUUGAAUCAUCAUGGAUCCGGGGACGAGAACCAAGAUCAAGAGAUCGUUUCGAUUUGCGUGGAUUAUUCGAUUCAGUUGGAGAACACUGAAUUCCUGUUUGGUAAACUGUGGGAUUCCGUGUCUGAGUGCGAAGGAUUGAAGGCGAGCUAUUUAAAAGCGUUGGAGGGUCCCCUGUUGGAUGGGAGUUUAAAACCGAGGCUGCCGCCGUUGAUCGCACAGCAGCUCGUCGCUUUUUACGACGCAGAGGAGAAGCUCGAGGCGCUUCAAGCUAUCGUUGUUUUACUCGACGUCGACUGUUUGGAUAUUCAUCAGGUGACGACGAUCUGCCGCGAGCGAGGACUCUGGGAAGCGUUAAUUCACCUCCAGACAACGGCUCUUGGCGACUUUACGGCACCGAUUCAUCAAUUGGUGCCCGUUCUUCAAUCGGGAUUAACGAAGGACUUGCCCGACAGACCCUCCCUGGGCACGAUUCAAUUAGGCAACGCGCUUCUGGUGUACGCGAGCUGCUGUCUGGCCGGACGAGGCUUCCCCAAGGACGAUUUGCCGGAGAACAUGUCGCAGCGAGCUAAAGCAGACGUGCUGAGAGCUUUAUUGUCGCAACACUCAACUUGUGCUACGGACAACGAACGGCAAUACCCUUAUUUGAGGACUCUGCUCAGGUUCGACGCGAAGGGAUUCCUGGAUGUGAUGGCAAUUGCGUUCCAGGAGCCCGAGUUCACGUCUGAAAUGGGGCUGCGGCAGAGACAGAGGCUCGUCGACAUUCUGAUCAGCAUAGCAAUGCCUAACACGCCUCUGGCACCGGGCAGCGACGAUGCCCUGCGCGAGGAUCAGAGGAAUCUCGUCCUAGUGUUUGUCGCCAACGAACUGGCUGAGAAUACGGUCAGUUUGGAGCCGGCGGUGCUCAAUAGAAUGGUGGAGACCCUCUGUUGGCCGGGCAACGAGGAGGCCAGGGCCGAGAGGGAGAGCGCGGUGCUGGGCCUGGUUGCUGGGAGGAAGCUGAGGAACAUGGCGGACGCCGUCCUCCUCAGGCUUUCAGAGGCGGCCAACUUCUACCGCGUGGCGGAGAUAGUGUACAGCGCGAGGGAGGACUGGCCGCAGGCCUGCCGCUGCAUGCUGGAACACCCGGCGCGCUCGCACGACGUCUGGCCCUGGCUGAACCAACUCGAACAGUCCUCGCUGCGAGCAGUGGUCCUUGCGAAUUGUACGCGGCUUCUACGGCUGGAUUCCCAUCGGCUGGCCUCCUUGAUUGCGGCGCAUUUACGUGAACAGCUGAAAGAAGUUUUCGACGCGCUGGACGAGGCUCGUUCCAAAUACGAUCUGCUCGACGCUUUGUACAUCUGCGCUGGACAGUCAAAGGAGGAAGAGAGCCUCGGGUUCGAACUGGACACCGAGAUGCUCGAGACAUUCCUGGAAUUGAUGUGCCAGUUCCAACCUCAACGUGUGGUGUCUCAUGUCCGAGGAGUGCACGGGUGCCGGCCAGACGAGGCUUUAAGGAUCGUUCAGAGGGCCGAGCAUAGGACCGCGGAGGCUGUCGUGCUGGAGAAACUCGGGAACUAUCAAGAGGCGCACGAGAUCCUGUCGAGGGAACUGCGAGACCGCAUGGAAUCUUACCGUAAGAACGAGGUGAACGAGGAAGCAGUGACCCGGGCAGCUGGCCAGGUGGCCGGUCUCUGCAGGAGAGCCGCGGGGAAUCUCGACUGGAUGCCGUUAAUAGAAACGAUCCUCGAGGCUCACUCGAACGGCAGGGAAGAAAGAGUGGAAAAGCUUUGCGGGAGAUUGUUAAGGGUCGUCCUGGAGUUCCUCGGAGGCAGCACGGCGCUCUCCACCGUUUUGGAACAAAUUCUCAAGCACCCGUUGGCAACGAGCGGCACGAUAGGCGACAUCAGGCAAUUGCUAAAAGGAGUGCUAGCUCAUUCACGCUACGAGCAGACUUUGGUGGAGGCUACGGCCCGCCUGGUUAGCCUGGAACUCCACGAGGCAUUAAAGAAGUCUCUUAGGGAUGCUGGAAGAGCCUCAGGGAGAGUCUCAAUAAUCUGCCACAUAUGCAGGCAUCUGUUGUCACAGUGCACCAACUACGUGAUAGCGUUCAACUGCGGCCACGGGUUUCACUCGGAGUGUCUGGGCGAGGCGAAGUCCUGUUACAAAUGCCUCAAUAGUAAAGGCUGGGCGCCGGUCGUCACUCACGUGACUCGUCUGAACUCGUACCAUGAGAGUAAACAAUUGUUGGAGCCGGAGUUUAUGACGAGAAGCCGGGAACUGACCCUGCGACUGGCCCCGCCCUCGCUGCCGGACCUCGAGGGAAUUUUUUAAUAAUACAAAUAAUGAUAAUAACUAAUAAUACAAAUAAUGAUAAAUCUAGUCCCAGCCGUUAAAAAGUUGAAAAUGUGGAUUUUCAUGCGACGAAUGAUCGAAAUAGUAGAGAAUACGGUUUUUCUAAAUGCAUAAAGAUCCAUUGUAAGUGUCUGUAUGUAUGUACAUUGAGAACGUUUUGUAUUCCUCCAUUCCAUUAAUUAAACCAAACGAUCCUCGGGAUCCUGCGGGAUCUAAUUGCAUUUGUA